AAAAAAAGAAAAAAAAUAAACAAAACUAAAUUGGGUAAUUAAAAGAUAUUAAAAUGAUUCCAAACAAACCAGAUAUCCAAAAUAAACCAAUUACCAUAGAUAUUUUAAAACAAAUUCCAAAAGCUGAAUUACAUAGACAUUUAGAUGGUUCAAUUCGUAUAUCCAGUUUAAUAGAAUUAGCAAAAGAACAAAAAGUAGAAUUACCAAGCUAUGAUGUUGAAGAAUUGUCAAAAUAUAUCUUAAAGGAUAAAGAUUGUAAAAGUUUAGACCACUUUUUAGAAGCAUUUCAAUAUACAUGUAAAGUUUUACAACAUGCAUAUGCAAUUACAAGAGUAUUUUAUGAAAUGUGCGAAGAUGCUAUUAAUGAUGGUGUUACAUAUUUAGAAGUUAGAUUUUCACCAAUAUUACAUACAUUAAAUGGUUUAUCUUUAAGUGAAGUUAUGGAGGCAGUUUGCGAUGGCUUGGCAAUGGCAGAACUUAACUUAUCAAUUAAAGCAAGAGUUAUUGUAUGUGGUUUAAGACAUUUAGAUCCAUCUGUAACCAAAGAUUUAGCAGAAAUUGCAUGGAGAUAUAGACAUAAAGGUGUUGUUGCUUUUGAUUUAGCAGGUUCAGAAAAUCAAUUCCCAAGUAAAUAUCAUAAAGAAGCAUUCUCAAUUAUAAGAAAUAAAGGUAUUAACUGUACAUUACACAGUGGUGAAGAUAGUGAUUGGACUUCAGUAAGCGACUCUUUACAUUAUUGUGGAGCUCAUAGAAUUGGUCAUGGUAUUGCAAUUCAACAAAAUGAAGAACUCUUAAACUUUGUUUCAGAUAGACGUGUUCCAAUCGAAUGUUGUAUUACAAGUAAUGUUCAAAUUAAAGCUUUACCAACUCCAGGCCACCAUCCAAUUAGAAAAUACUUUGAUCGUGGUGCUGUUGUAUCUUUAGCCUGUGAUAAUGUUACAAUGAGUAAUGUUACACUCAGUGGCGAAUAUAAAUUGGCUAUCGAUACCUUUGACUUUAGUGUCGAGGAAACUCUCCGUCUUGUUUCCUAUUCAUUCUCAUCCUCAUUCAUCGAUCCACCAAUCAAACAAAACAUUUGCAGAGAGAGUAUAAAGAAGGCCAUCAAAAUCUUCCAAAUCAACGGUUAUUGUAUGAACGAUAUUGUCAAGAAUCGUAAUUAUUAUUUUGAAGAGUUUGGCUUAGAUGUAGAAUUAGAAAUAAACAACAAUAAUAAAUUAGAAAAAAGUACUACUUUAAAUCUUCCAAUUACCAACUUUUCAUUGGGUAAAGAUAUUUCAAGUUAUCUUAGUAGACCAGUCACUCUAGAUUUGUUAAAGAAUUUACCAAAGAGCGAUCUUCAUACUAGAUUUGAUGGCAGUGUCUCUAUUGAACAGAUGUGGUUCGAAAUGAAACAAAUGGGUAUCGAUCAAUUAGAUACUGAUGCAAGUAAAAACUUUAAGAGAAAAUUUGGUCUUCAAAUUACCAACAUUGAUCAAUUUAGAUCAAUCAUUCAAAAUCCUCAUCACACUCCAGAAACUAUUCAACUAUCAAAACAAAUAAUGAAUACUUUAUUACAAAAUACAGACCAAAUUAAUAGAGCUUUCGAUGAUAUUAUUAAAGUUGCAAUUUCUGAUAAUAUUCAAUAUAUGGAGUUAUUAAUUAGACCAAAUUCCCACAUCAAAAAAGGUUUAGGCAAGGAACAAGUUUUACAAUUAAUUAUUGAUAAUAAAAAUAAAUGGGAAGCUACAGGUAAAAUCAAAAUUGGUAUAGUAGUAUUCAGCUCUUCAUCUUCAGAUGAUCCAAUCGAAACUUUAGCAAAUGCAAAAUUAGCAAUCGAAAACAAAUCAAACGGUGUUGUAGGUUUUGGUAUUUUUGGUAAAGAGCCAAUCUUACCAAAUGAAAUUAAACAUUUCUCAAAAACAUUCAAUUUAUUAAAAGAAAGCUACUUUAACCUUGUUCAAUUCAAUACCAACAUCGAAUCGAUUAUCAGCACAUUACAUGAGGCUGGUGCAAAUAGAUUAAGCGGUGCCUUUUUAGCUCAUAAAAUUCCAAGAUUAAUGAGCUAUCUUGGAGCAUACAGAAUCCCAGUAGAAAUUUCAUUAACCGAUAAAUUAAAAUCAUUUACAAAUGACCUUUCAUUCACAACACCAAUUCGUCAUUUACUCGAUAAUAAAGUACCAGUUGUAAUCUGUUCAUUCCGUUCAUCUCUUUAUAAAUUUACAAGAUCAGAAAUGCUUUAUGAAAUUGUUAAAAAUGGUCAAUUGGACAUUAAACAUGUAAUUGCAUUAUUAAAAAACCCAUUCGCACAUAAUUUCCAAUCAAAAGAAUCAAGAUCAGAAUUAGUAGAUAAAUUUAAUCAAUUAUCAAAAAAUUAUUUAGAUUCAAUCAAUUAUGAUUAUAAAAAUAUUUUUAUUUAAAUAAAAUAAAAUAAAACAAUU